CGUCACAAAGUAGCCUUGCCGGAAGUCUCCAGGGGCGCGGAAGUACGUCAAAAGCUCCGGGUAAAGAGUUAAGCCAUUGGGGUUGAGGGCGCGCUGCUCUUGCUGUGGUUGCCGCCAUGUUGGGGCCGCAGUGAAGGGCCUGGCGCGUGACCGACCCAGGAGGGAUGGCGCUGAGGACGUCUCUGGCCGCGGAGGGGGACACCAGGCCCGGCGCCGCCUCGCCGCGUAUUAUAGGUCAUGUAUAUCAUGUAGUUUCAGCAGCUGGAUUGGAUGGAAAGAACCUCCGGAAGUGUCAUCCAGUUUCUAGACCUCUAAGAAACGAUGUUCCCUUGCAUCAGUCUUCGGUUGUAACUGAUAAUAUGAACAGAAAUGUUUCAAGACCUGGUCAUAGUAAUUUGCAGGAUUUGUUUGCAAAUACUGCUACAUCUUCAUUUGUUAAAGACACUGAGUGUAAGAAGGCUGCAUCUGGAAAAUUGAUUCUACCAAAGCUGUUUGGUCAAGUGGAAAUGAUUGAUGCCUCUGUUAUAAAGGAGAAUCCAACUACACCGAUAAUUUCUAGCAUUGUAAAAGAUAAUCCAACCACUCCUACCAUUUAUAGCCUUCAGAGUAAUUGCAGUUCUACUGAUGUAUCACCUUUCCCAAAUGAACCUGCCAUGAUUGGCUCAGAAACAAGCAAUACCAGCUACGUACUUGUGAAUGCAAACAGAUUUCCUCUCGCUCCAAAGUCUCAAGUACCUCCUUCUAAACAUCCUCUUCAAAUACCAGCUCAUGAAGAAGUUAAAUCUGUUCCAGCUUCUUUACUGCUACCUUCGAUUCAACAGAAUACUUUGGUUACAUCAGUCUCAAAUGCUUCUGAGGCUUGUGACAUUAGGAAAGCACAAACAGUUAUUUAUGUGUCACCAGUAAAUACAGUGAAAUCAGCUGCUUUUAAGCCAUUGCAAAAUACAUGCCCAAAACCUACAACGAAAGUACCAGAAUCUUUACCAUUGACAGUGCCACAGAGAACAGUCAGUAGUCAUGCCCUACUUGGGGAAGCAUUUGAUAGUAAGGAAAAGGAAAAAUCUCCUAUAAAAUGGGUUAUCCAAGAAAGCCCUCCAUCCACAGCAUCUUCUUGCCUAGUUCCUGUAAUUUCACCAGAUAACAUGGCACCACAAAUUUUAAAGACAUUGGCUAAUGUAAAAACCACAGACUCCAACUCUGCCUGUAUUGUGCCUGCCAUUUCUAACAACCCGAAUGUAAGUCAAGCAGAAUUUACUUCUAUGAAGGAUGACACCAUGGUGAUGUUCAAUAAAAAGAUGUAUUUACUUGCAAAAAAAGACUCCAGCAUUACAAUAGAAAAUAAACACAGCAAGGUGAUAUUGCCUAGAGAUGAGAUACACCUUGGAAAACACCAGUCACAUUUAACUGCUUCUCCUGCAACAAAUACGAUAACUAAUCAAGUUGUCAAUCUAGUGUUGGCAAAACACAGAGUUGUUGCACAUAAUCCAAAAGACCCCAAAAUCUGUGAGAUUAUACAACUUCCUCUGCCAUCAGAGCUGAACAAAAGUUUAAAAGUUGCAUACACUUCCUCACCGUCACCACACAAAAAUAUGAAAAUAAAUAACACCAGUCAAUAUGAAGCAACACCUGUACUUGGAAACACACCACUUCAAAUGACUGUAGAUCAAAAACCGGUCCCAAGAGAAAAUGCAAGCCAAAACCUCAUACAGAACAUUUUUUCUCAGAAACCAUCUGCUCCUCCUUUAUUGCCAUCGACAAUGCCUGGUGGUUUUAGAGAGGAAGAAGAAAAGGUUGAGAUUACACCGGAAAUUCAGAUCAAACACAGGAAAGUACAAGACAGACAACACUAUCUUCAACUGAGGAAGAAAAAUAGUCUUUUUAAAGAGGAAAGGGUCUAUCUAAGGAGAAUUCCUGAAUCAGUUACUUCUGCGGGGCCAGAAACAACAGUGAGUUGUAGCACUGUACAAACAAGUGAUUCCAGUGAUUUUUCACAGAAAACAUCUAUUAAAUCUCAACUGCAAGAAGAAGAAAAGAAAAUUGAGGAACCAGAAGAAGAGCUGAAUAUGAAGAGGAAGAUAAAAACAACUCCAAUCUGUGAAUAUGCCAAGAGGAAAAAGACUGUGGCAAAUCUGGGUGUGGACCAAAAUGACUCGUUUUCAGCAGUGGAUAAUCCAAAUAGUUGUCAACCACCAGAAUCGCCGCAGUAUAACUCUCAAGCUUCUCUACAGUUUUCCCAGGUGGACCUUGAUGCACAUCCUCAAAGUACUCAGAUAAUUGAAGAAAUCAGCACGUUGAGCAGUGCUUCAGACUACUGCGAAAAUGAACCCUUUCACAGUGAAGCUUCAUUCAAAGAAGAUAUUUUUCCAUUCAGCCCCCCAGACUUAGAGGACACAAUAGGAGACGAAAAAAUAAAAAGGCUUAAACGUCUGCUAAGGGAACAAGAGGCAGCAUUAGAAGAAAUUAGUAAAAAUAUGCAGCAGACAUAACAAAUGUAGUUCUUUAUUUUGCUUUUGUGACCCACAGAAAAUUAACUUUGAUUUUUAAAGUUGGCACAGAAAUAAAAAAUAAAUCAUCAGGUAGCCUGAUGUUCAGUUGGUAUUGAAUGCAAGCAUGCAUACAUACAUAGGCUGGCAUUCUACACAGGCAACUUAAAUGAAUAUAUUCUAGUAAAUAGUGUGUCCUUAAACCUAUGCAAACAUGCAGCAGCCACAUAGAGAAAA